AUUUGGGUUCAUUCGUAAAUUCAUGGCCCAUGGGCCGAAGACUCUAAAAAUAUCAAAACUAUUCCAUUUGAUCAAAACCCUAGAGCCAGCCAUCGGAGCAGCGCAGCAGAAGCAGAAGAUCUGCGCGAGGGGGAUUCUCACAAAAUGACUUUCAAGAGAAGGAAUGGUGGACGCAAUAAGCACGGCCGUGGUCACGUCAAGUUCAUUCGUUGCUCUAACUGUGGUAAAUGCUGUCCCAAGGACAAAGCUAUCAAGAGAUUUCUUGUGAGGAACAUAGUUGAGCAGGCUGCUGUUAGGGAUGUUCAAGAAGCUUGUGCUUUUGAGCAAUACACACUUCCCAAAUUGUAUGUAAAAAUGCAAUACUGUGUGUCUUGUGCAAUUCACUCAAAGGUUGUUAGGGUUCGAUCAAGAGUUGAUAGGAGAAACCGUGAGCCCCCAAAGAGAUUCACUCGCCCAAGGGAUGAUCUUCCCAAGCCAGGUCAAGGUCAAGCACCCCGUGCUGGUGGAGCAGGUGGACCACCACCUGUCCGUACUUGAGAGUUAUAUUCUGAUCACUGUAAUAUGAGCUCAUUUUUGAAUUGGUUAUUAUCAUAUGCUUUUAUGUACCCUUGAUUAUGAAUUCAACUUUGUACUAGAUUCAUGUUUUAUUUUUGUAUGUUUGGAUUUUGCUCA